AGCCACCUUUCGGGUCGAUCCAGGACUCCGAACAUCACGUGACGUCACAGCGGCCGUUUACAUUCAACGCCGCAAGGAAUAAGGCUAUGCCUUUUCUACGAAAUGGGGGACGCUGAGGCUUAAAGUUGAAUUGGGAGAUUUUUCUUGUGGCAGAGGCUCAUGAUGAAUCCUAUCAUACUAGUUACCUUGAUAGAGCUGGUCAACUGUCUCCCAGAGUUGAUUCCAAUAGGUGGACUUUUUCAUCCAACAGAUGACAAACAAGAAAUAGCUUUCAGAUAUGCUGUAGAAAAAAUUAAUAACGAUCGUACAAUACUGCCAAGGUCUAAGCUGAGUGCCCAAAUCGAGAAAAUUCCCCCGCAGGAUAGUUUCCACGCAUCGAAAAAAGUGUGUCAUCUCCUAAGGACUGGCGUGGCAGCAAUCUUCGGACCCCAGUCAGCACAUACAGCCAGUCAUGUCCAAUCUAUCUGUGAUACAAUGGAAGUACCUCAUUUGGAAACGAGGUGGGAUUACAGACUGCGUAGGGAAAGCUGUUUAGUUAAUCUCUAUCCUCACCCUACCGUACUCUCAAAGGCCUACGUAGAUAUCGUCAAAGCCUGGGGCUGGAAAUCCUUCACGAUAAUCUACGAGAACAACGAAGGUUUGGUCAGGCUACAGGAGCUGCUAAAGGCCCAGGGCCCUUAUGAGUCACCAAUAGCAAUACGGCAACUUGGAGAAGGAAGUGACUACAGGCCUCUUCUGAAGCAGAUAAAGAACUCAGCUGAGUCACAUAUAGUGUUGGACUGCACAACACCAAGAAUCUAUGAGGUUUUGAAGCAAGCUCAACAGAUUGGUAUGAUGAGCGACUACCAUAGUUACCUCAUAACAUCAUUGGAUCUACAUGGCGUGAACCUUGAAGAAUUCAAAUAUGGUGGUACAAAUAUAACGGCAUUCCGAUUGGUUGACCCAGAAGGUCCAGAAGUGAGAAAAAUUGUUAAUGACUGGUCUACCGGUAAUCUUGCAGACAACAAAGUGAAGAAAGAUCUUCCGACGGUGUUCAGGGACAACAGUACAUUUGUUAAGGCGGAAACAGCCCUAAUGUACGACGCAGUUCACCUAUUCGCCAAAGCUCUGCACGACCUGGACACCAGCCAGCAAAUCGACAUCAAACCGCUAAGUUGCGACGCGGUGGAUUUUUGGCCACACGGAUACAGCCUCAUCAACUAUAUGAAAGUGGUUGAGAUGAGAGGACUCACAGGAAUAAUCAAAUUCGAUCAUCAGGGAUUCAGGAGUGACUUUGUUCUGGACAUAGUAGAACUAAGCAGGGAAGGACUGAAGAAGAUUGGAACUUGGAACAGUACAGAAGGGGUGAACUUCACGAGAACAUACGGAGAGGCUUAUACUCAAAUUGUAGAAAUUAUUCAAAACAAAACGUUUAUUGUGACGACUUUACUUAGUGCCCCUUACGUGAUGAGGAAAGAGGCUAGCGAAAAAUUGACCGGCAAUGCUCAGUUUGAAGGAUAUGCUGUUGACUUGGUUCAUGAAAUAUCCAGAAUUUUGGGAUUCAACUACUCAAUAAGAUUAGUACCCGAUGGCAGGUACGGUAGUUAUAAUAAAGAAACCAAGGAAUGGGAUGGUCUGAUAAGGGAGCUGCUGGAUCAGAAGGCAGAUAUGGCUGUAGCUGACUUGACUAUCACUUAUGACAGAGAACAAGCAGUCGACUUCACGAUGCCCUUCAUGAACCUAGGGAUCAGUAUUUUGUACAGGAAACCCAUCAAGCAACCACCAAACCUGUUUUCUUUUCUGUCGCCAUUAUCGCUGGACGUUUGGAUUUACAUGGCGACAGCUUACCUUGGAGUAUCUGUGCUACUUUUUGUAUUAGCGAGGUUCACCCCGUACGAAUGGCACAAAGAGCACUCCUGCGAGAUGAACUCGGACGUGCUGGUGAACCAGUUCAACCUGAAGAACUGUCUUUGGUUCACGAUUGGAUCUCUGAUGCAGCAAGGAUGCGAUUUCCUGCCAAAGGCUGUAUCCACCAGAAUGGUCGCAGGAAUGUGGUGGUUCUUCACACUCAUCAUGAUUUCAUCGUACACUGCUAAUCUAGCAGCCUUCCUUACUGUCGAACGUAUGGACUCUCCUAUAGAAAGCGCUGAAGAUCUGGCCAAACAAACGAAGAUCAAGUAUGGAGCAUAUAAGGGUGGAUCUACAGCUGCCUUCUUCAGAGAUUCAAACUUCUCCACAUAUCAACGCAUGUGGGCCUUCAUGGAAUCUCAGAGGCCUUCAGUUUUCACUUCCACAAAUCACGAGGGCGUCGAGAGAGUUGUGAAAGGCAAAGGAGGAUAUGCAUUUCUCAUGGAAUCGACUAGUAUAGAAUACGUUAUUGAAAGGAACUGCGAACUGACUCAAGUUGGAGGACUGCUGGACUCCAAGGGAUACGGCAUUGCCAUGCCACCAAAUUCUCCUUUCAGAACUGCCAUCAGUGGGGCAAUUUUGAAAUUGCAGGAAGAAGGAAAGUUGCACAUUCUUAAGACAAGAUGGUGGAAAGAAAAAAGAGGCGGAGGGAAGUGUCUUGACGAAACGACAAAGACCAGCAGUACGGCGAACGAACUAGGCUUAGCGAACGUAGGGGGAGUUUUCGUAGUGCUAAUCGGGGGUAUGGGAGUCGCAUGCGUUAUCGCAGUGUGUGAGUUCGUAUGGAAAUCAAGAAAAACGGCUGUGGAGGAACGGGUGAGCAGCAUCCUCCAAGACAUGUAGACACUCUCUCAAUGUUGAUGUCUCAGUCUCAACCCCAGUGCUCUGCCUCCCGCGCAAGAGAGCAAGUCCCUGUGUACAGAAAUGGUUACCGAAUUCCGUCACGCAGUUUGCUGUCCCAGUUCGAAAAAACCAAUUGGAGGUCACCAGGUCCGAAACAGAACUAUAUCGCCUUCUAGGAUGCCCUGUAGCCCUCCAGUUGUCCACGACGAUGGAAGGUACCACCCUCCUGGGUCCUACACCAGCUACGGUUUCACCGGCAAAGAACCCGUCAACUGAACCAUUACCAAGACUAUAGGGCACCAUCAGAUUCCAUUGUCUUAAAUCCGGUCCAAAUCCAAGAUAGAGUAACACAUAGUAGACCAGAGACUUAGGUGAAUUGGAGUACAAAGUUUUGCAAUAAAUACAACAGAUUUUUUUUAACAAUACCGUUAGAGUGCUGCUUUGUUAUUGCUAAUUCAAAAUUGGCAUCAUUCUAGGGCCUGAGAUUUUGCUGCGACUUUGAUAAGCGUGUUUUGUCAAUUAUCUCAUAUUACGUUAAAAAUUAAUGUAUAACUUUUGUAACAAAUUAGAUUAUCCACCAACUUGAUUUCAUACAGUUUUACCUUACGCUGAACAAUUACGAUUUACUGAAUCUCGAAGAUACAAGUUACUACAUUUUCGCUUAUAACGACUAAACUGUAUACAGGUUGUGAUUUAGGUUUUUCGGGCUGUUGAGGCGUGGUCGUGUUAGAUUUGGUCCAGAGCUUUCGCCUACAUCUGCGGUAGUCAUCUUCAGUGGCGCUGUCGGCGAGAGCGAAGUGCUCGGCUUGGCGGGUCGACUCAAACUGAUCGGUUAACUGGAUGAGCGUGCGGACUGAGGACUGAGUAGUCUGGUUGGGGUACUCUGGGCCUGUUGAGUGGCGUGGCUUUUGCGCUGUGCUUUUUGGAAUUGGGAAUCACGUUUUGUUUAAAGCAAGGCCUUCUUCUUUUCUAUUGAAAUUAUUAUUAUGUUUGUAGAUUUCAAUUGCUUGAACACGACCACGGCUCAACAGCCCGAAAAACCUAAAUUACAUUAGAAUUAUCCGUGAAAGCCUUCAUUCUUCAAUGUAUACAGAUUGUCCUGUAAGUUGGGACUUUCUUUUUCAGGAACAACUAAAAUUGUAAUAUCGAUGCUAAUGUGCGGUGAAGCAACAGCGAAAAGGUAAAAAAUAAAUGAAUAAGUACCCACCGUUCAUCGAAAACAAAUUACGGCUCUGUCAAUCGUGUUAUACACUAAACAUGUUACUUCGAUCCAAACAGAAAAAUCACGAAGGAUCUUUAACACCGAUCUGCAUGCACUCUAGAAGCCUCGAUAUCAUUCCGAAGUCACUCACCGUAAAUUAAAAUAAUAUGGACAUCUCGGAUAUUGCUGUAAAAGAUUUUGUUUAAAUAACGGGUGAUUUUUUAAGAGGUAUAGGAUUUGAUUUUCAAAAAAAACACAAAAAAUUUGAAAAAACUAUCAAAUCUUUAUUUGAGUCGAUAGAACGGUCGAUAUAAUUUAAUGUUUAAAGAUUAUUUCAUGUAAAUGUUGGCCGCGGC